UUCAGUUCUCAUUGGAAAUCUACAAUCAUAGUGAAUAUUAUUGGAAGAUUAUUCUUUAUGUUGUUCAACUAUUUUCCAAUCUUGUAAACAAUUGAUUCCAAUUUUUUUUAAUUUUGUAAACUAUUGAAGUGAUUUUGUUAUUUACAAUUGUGAACCACUGGAGUAGGACUAUUUGUUAAUUGCUCUUGCAAUUAAUCAGAUUUAGAGAUCUGUGAAUGUAUGAAUUGAUCGUUGCUCUGAAAUCAAUUUUUGCGGCAGAGAAAAAAAGUCGAUUUAUCUCAACGUAAUUGUGAACAAUUGAGAUUGUUAAUCGUGUCCCCAUUGAGAGAAUUACUUUACCCUGUUUAUAGAAUCGCUGAUUGUUGAACAAAGAAAAAGAAAUCAGUUGAUUCAAGAUAAACAUUUAGGUUUCUGGUGAACUGGACGGGGGAAAGUUAAGAAGAGAAGAGGAAAAAAGAGAAAAGAAAACAUUGAGCUUCUUCAUUUUGUUUUCUUCUCUUUUUUAAUUGUUCUGUUUUAAUUAUUUUUUAUUCUUUUUUUACUGUUUUUAAGAUCAAAUGGACAAGCAAAAUUUCGAGUUUAAAAGAAAUCUAACAUUUGAUGAGCGAAAAAAGCAAUCAAAAAGUAUGAGAAGACUUUAUUCUGACAAGACUCCAAUAAUUAUCGAGAAAUAUCGUUCUGAGAAACAAUUACCAAUAAUUGAUAGAAAUCGCUAUCUUGUACCCCAACACCUUCCAUGUCACAAGCUGGUGGAAAUAGUUCGCCGCCGACUCACCUUACAUCCAAGUCAGGCUCUUUUUCUUCUCGCUGGUGGGAAUUCAUUAGUCUCCAAUUCCACUUCUGUUGGUGAAGUCGCUGAACAAUUCAGAGACCCUGAUGGCUUCUUGUAUAUUGUUUAUGCUUCACAAGAAACUUUUGGCUGAACAAUCUGACAACAGUGACGAAUGAAAGAAAAGACAAUCUUUCAAUCAUUUAAUCCCAAUCACUGAGAUAUUGGGAUGAAAUGAUUCGAUAAUUACCCAAGUUCAAACACAAAAAUCUAUCCAUUAAGGAGCAACAAUUAAAGAUGAUACGAAUGGCAGUGCCAUUGUAAUCAGAGAUGAAAAACAA